AUGCCCUCCACGUUCACCGAGCCGGGUUUCCCGCGGGCGCAUCGUUUGCGCGCGAGUGACUUUGUGUGUUCAACUCGACUUUGGGACGCAAGCGAUUCUUUGGCAGUUGUUGACAACUUGGAUGCUGCUGGCUAUUGCAUUUGGGGGACUGACUCAAGGGCUCCAGCUGCAGCGCCAGCCCCACAAAGCGUCGUUUCAGAUCACUUUACGCAAAUAUUUCCUUUGGCAACAGAAAAGAAGUACAAAGAACUCAUCCGUUUGGCCGAGUUGAACGACUACGGGGCCGACUCUGACCGCAGUCCAACCCGUCUUGCGCUGACCACGCCCCUCGUUCUUGCCUAUCUUAUCCUCGACGAUCUGCAAGUAGUCCCGCUCGCUUCGCCUUACAGCGCCUUCCGCGCGACCUUGCUGUGUCUCCCAUCGCAAAAGCCUUCUUCGCGCUGCUGGCAUCAACUGUGGAUUCUGGAACGCAAAUACGCUAAUGUCUAUUCUCGCACGACCGAGCUUCUUGCUAUCACCAGCGGCUCCGACUUCCUUGACGCGAAUCUCGGCGCGAUAUUGGGCCUCAUGCUGAACGCUUUCCUCGAAUCAUUCCGCACGCGGACAUUUAAUCUCCUAAAGAAGGCCUAUACCUCCCUUCCAGUGUCCCUGGCCCAGGUAUACCUUGGUCUUGGGGCGGAGGAGGUCCUGUCAGCUGCUGCGAGCGAUGGCUGGUCAUAUGACGCCUCCACACAAAUACUCACCCCUGCGCAACGAUCCGCGUCCACACAACUUGCGAAUGGCUUCACCCCAUUCUCCACGCUCGCAACAUUUGACUUUGUUGCCAACAGUGUCGCAAAGCUGGAAACUUAG